AUGAAUGCCGCCGGAAUCUUUCGCUGGCUCUCCGCUGUCCCGCCGUGCGAAAACGAUCCCAAUGUCCCCGAACCAUCCAGAAAGCGGCCGCGAUUCGACACCAAUCUCUGCGACAACCACGACGUCCUCGAAUACCGACACUUGGCUACACCCUCCCUGUCCAUCUCUGGCUACGAGGUCGACAAUGCGCCCAUUUUAUUGUCAAGAGAUUCCCAGGAUGCGCCAAGCUUGGCCCUUGACUUGACUCCCCGACCAUCGAGGUUCGCGGGUGCAGUGGACGAAGGCAGCGUCGCCUCGACGCACUCCUACGCAUCAUCUUCGAAGGCCUCCAAGGUGUCGCGCAACUCGUCUCCCACCAAGCAACUCUUACACGCCGAGCUUCAACAGACGGGCUUCCGUCAGGCCAACUUUGCGACGGACAAGGCGCCACCAUCGCUGUUGGCGCUUCGUCAAGAACUCAAGCGUACGCAGGAUGGAUGGAGGAUCCUUCCCAAACACCUUCAAGCAGAACUUGCCGACGUCGACAUUCCACCCUUUGCCUUCGACGAUACCGCAGAAACGACUUCCUCCUUCCGAUACCCUACCCUCGACCAGGUUCGCCAUAUUCUUCUUCAAGCCAGCGGCUGCGACAUUGAUGGGGAGGGAGAAUCGUCGUGGAAUAUGGAGGUGCACGCGCCAUUGCUCAACUGGGCGUUACGAGGCGACCCGACUCCGGCUACGAUUGGCGGCGGUGUCCUAGACUAUCGAUACUGUUUGAGCGCUGCACUUAUCGCGCAGUACAAACCCAAGGAUGCGCCGAGCAAGAUGGUAGAUUUUUGCCUAGCAAUUCGACCAAACGCGGAGGACCAACGUCUUAUAGAUUCGGUUCGCCGCAUCCGACCCGGCGAGUCAAUCAACCAUACCGACUGGGGUCGCUUGCGAAAGCAUCCCAUAGCCGUCUCAAUCGAAACCAAGCGUUUCGGAGAUCAAUUCGAUGCGGCCUUGGUUCAAAUCGCCACAUGGCACUCAUCCCAGUGGCGCAGCCUACGUUGGGGCGACAAGUCGCUGCCGUCGAUUGAGUUUCUACCAGGAAUUAUAAUCCAGGGGCAUGACUGGGAGUUCAUAGCCACGACGAUGGGGGCAGAUGGUGUGGCGACAACUUUUAAGCCGCCGUUGCAGAUUGGCAAUACACGGAGUGAAGAGGGCAUCUACAAGCUCCUCAUAUCUCUGCAGCAGCUGAAACGAUGGUCCGAGGAGUCGUAUUGGCCUGCCUUCAAGGCUGAUGUCUUGGGGUGA